UCUCAUUUUGUUUGUGUGCAUGCUGUUGCUGCUAUUGGUACCAGGCCAGCGAUGUCAUGCUAUGAUUAUAUAUCCAAAUAUUACACUCGAGAUUACUGGUUGUCCACCUGGAGUGGCGUUAUGCACCCUAUUUGCGAUGUGGAGUCUUGGUCAGUUCCUCCUGAUGUUUUGAAUGUUCGUUGCAAGCCGCCUUCGUGUCAAAAAAGACCACCCGGUCGUCCCAAAAAGUCAAGAAUCCCAUCAAUUGGUGAACAUCGUCGUACGAAGCGUCAAAAAUGUUCCCGCUGUCAUGCUACUGGUCACAACAAAAAAACCUGCCGCAAUCCACUGCCCAUAUCAAAUGCCUGAUGUAUUUUUUAAGUUUUCUUCUUUAAGAAUUUUUAAUUAUGGUGUCAUUGUUUUGAAAUGUCCAUGUUGAUUACAUAAAUUUAUGCACAAUUUAGAGCCAGUAGUUUCCU